AUGGCUUGCAUCUUCUGCCGUAUCAUCAAGGGAGAAAUCCCAUCCUUCAAGCUUUUCGAGAGCGACAAGACCUUUGCCUUCCUUGACAUUGGUCCUCUUAGCAAGGGCCAUGCGCUCGUCAUCCCCAAGCACCACGGUGCUAAGCUGACCGAUAUCCCCGAUGAUUCUCUGACUGAGCUCUUGCCCGUCCUCAAGAAGAUUGCGACUGCUUCUGGCGCCGUUGACUACAACGUCCUUCAGAACAAUGGCAGAAUCGCCCACCAGGAGGUGGACCACGUCCACUUUCACUUGAUCCCCAAGCCAAACGAGAGCGAGGGUCUGGGCAUUGCCUGGAACCCCCAGCAACCUGACAUGGACAAGCUCAAGAACCUUGCCGAGGAGAUCAAGUCCAAGAUUUAG